AUGCCCUCAGCCCAGGCCCAGGACCCUGGCAAAGCCACAUGGGGAGCAAAGUCCCUCCUCUGCAGCCACCUGGCCCAGGGUGCCAGCUACAGAGGAGGACAGGGCUCUGCAGAAGUUGCUGUCUUAAUUGAAGGGGAUGCGGCACCUUCCCCGGGCUGCCUGCUGGAGGACGGCCUUUGCGGCGCGACGGAGGCCUGCGUAAAUGACGGAGUGUUUGGAAGGUGCCAAAAGGUUCCGGCUCUGGACACAUCACGCUAUGAAGUAUCGCCCGUGGCCCUGCAGCACCUGAGGGUCACCUUGCAGACGCUGUCCCGCACAGGUUUCACAUGGCAGGAUGACUACACCCAGCGCAUCAUGGCCCAGGAGCUGGCAGGCCUCCCCAGAGCCCACCCCCAGCGCACGGAAAUUUCCGGCCCAGCCAGGACCUCACCGCAGAAUGUGGAUACUGAGAGGCAGUACAGCCUGGAGGAGGAUGUGGUCCUGGCCAAGACCCUGCAGCGCUACUUGUCCUACUUGGAGGCUCUGUCCCACACUGCAGGCUUGAGCACGCACCGCAGGAGGGAGCACGAGAAGCUGCUGGCCAAGGACGAGGUGCCCUUCGCUGAGAACAUCUUGACCUACAUGUCUCGUGCGUCUGCACUGACCUACCCUCCCAUGACCCAGGUCCAGCACUCUGAGGCCUUCCCACUGCGCACCCUCAGCCGGCUUCAGCCAGACGAGCUCAGCCCGAAGGCUGACAGCAGCCUGGACAGACAGCACCUGAUGGCAGCCCGUGGCACCUACACUGCUCGGAGGCCUCCCGUGCUUGCCAGACAGGGUGACCCAGGACCGCGGUACAUUCUGCAUAACCCCUCAAGAGUGCCGAGGCCCCUCUCUGCACUGGCAGCUCCCCAGAAAUGGCUUUCACCUCCAGGAGACCCCCAGGAUCCCCUGAGCACAGGUGAUGAAGAACUUGUCCGGAGUCUUCUGAAGGAUCUGAGGAGGCAGCAGGCUGACAUGGAGCGUGGGGCCCCGGCUGGGCUGGAGGGGAUGGCAGACGUGGUUGCUGCUGCUGUGAGGAAGGGCGAGAGUCCCGCCGAAGGCCAGACCGGCCCCGGGAGAGGAGCCGAGGGACAGCCGCAGGAGCUGCUGGGAAGCCCGGAAGCUGCACUCCAAGGUGACAGAGCAUGGGAAGACAGCAGCCCAGGCUCCAGCGAGGUCAGUCACCUGAGUGUCCAACCUGGAGACCUCCCGCAGGACCGCCGGUCCCCACUUCUGCCUGGACAGCACCCCCUGGAGCAGUCCUUCCCAACAGAGAUCAAGAAAUCGGAGGCACCUGUGGCCUCCUUGUCUUCGGAGGAAGAAGACGUAGGGGUAGAGAAUGUGAAGAGCCAGACAUACUCCAAAGAUCUGUCGGAGAAGCCGAAUGCGGAGCCCAGGGCUGCCGGGCUUGGGGGGCUCCAGAGCUGGGAUCCAGGGGCACUGCAGGAGGCGCAGAGCCCCCAGGCGGGCACGUGGGGCCGCCCAGGCGAAGGCCUACAGUUGGAAGCCAGGCCUUCUGAGGGCGAGGAGCCUGGCUACAUCGUAACAGGCAGCGACCCCCUGAGCCCAGAGAAGGGGAGGCAGCUGAUGGACGAUGUCGCCCACCUCCUGCAGGUGCCACCCAGCAUCUUUGAGGACAUUGAUGUCCUGGGGCCGGCAGUGACCUACAAAGUGAGUGCCAAUGUCCGAAAUGUGACAACUGCAGACGUCGCAAAGGCCACAGCUGACCACAAGAGCCAGCUGGAGGAGCUAUCUGGACUGAGGAUCCUCCAGAGCGGGACCGGGCCGAGCAGCAGGCUCAAGCUCCUGCCUCACAGGAGAGAGCAGGAGGACUCCACCAAGUUCAUCGUGCUCACCUUGCUGUCCAUGGCUUGCAUUGUGGGGGUCCUCCUGGCCUCCAGCCUCGUCUACUGCCUCCGCCAUGGCUCCCACCACAAGCUCAAGCAGAAGCUGUCGGGCCUGGGGGGCGACGCCAGCGUGGACGCCACUGCUGCCUACCAGGAGCUGUGCCGCCAGCGCAUGGCCGCGCGCCCGCCGGAUCGGCCCGAAGACCCUCAUGCCUCCCGCAUCAGCAGCGUCUCCUCGCAGUUCAGCGACGGCCCCAUGCCCAGCCCCUCGGCACGGAGCAGCACCUCGUCCUGGUCUGAGGAGCCCGUGCAGUCCAACAUGGACAUCUCCACUGGCCACAUGAUCCUGGCUUACAUGGAGGACCACCUGCAGAACAAGAACCGGCUGGAGAAGGAGUGGGAGGCGCUGUGUGCCUACCAGGCGGAGCCUAGCAGCUCACUUGCAGCCCAGAGGGAGGAGAACCUAGCCAAGAACCGCUGCCCAACUGUGCUGACCUAUGACCACUCUCGGAUCCUGCUGAAGGCCGAGAACAGCCACGGCAACUCGGACUACAUCAACGCCAGCCCCAUCAUGGACCAUGACCCUAGGAACCCUGCAUACAUCACCACCCAAGGACCGCUGCCCGCCACGGUGGCUGACUUCUGGCAGAUGGUGUGGGAGAGCGGCUGCGCGGUGAUCGUCAUGCUGACCCCGCUCACGGAGCACGGCGUCCGGCAGUGCCACCACUACUGGCCUGACGAGGGCUCCAACCUCUACCACAUCUAUGAGGUUAAUCUGGUCUCGGAGCACAUCUGGUGUGAGGACUUUCUGGUGCGGAGCUUCUACCUGAAGAACCUUCAGACCCACGAGACGCGCACGGUGACUCAGUUCCACUUCCUGAGCUGGUAUGACCAGGGCGUCCCUUCCUCCACGAGGUCGCUUCUGGAUUUCCGCAGAAAAGUAAACAAGUGCUACAGGGGCCGUUCUUGUCCAAUAAUCGUUCACUGCAGUGAUGGCGCCGGCAGGAGCGGAACCUACAUCCUGAUCGACAUGGUUCUCAAUAAGAUGGCCAAAGGUGCUAAAGAGAUUGAUAUCGCAGCGACCCUGGAGCACUUGAGGGACCAGAGACCAGGCAUGGUCCAGACAAAGGAGCAGUUUGAGUUUGCGCUGACAGCUGUGGCCGAGGAGGUCAACGCCAUCCUGAGGGCCCUGCCUCAGUAGGCACCACCACAGCUUCCGGGACCACGCCACGAGUCCGCCCGUGUCUCCCAUCGUGACCACUAGCGAUAGGGUCCUUAGGCUGCCGUAGUUGGUACCGUUCACCCCUGAAAAUGUGCACUUUUGUUUCACUGAGGGGGGCUUGCAGCAACAUCCAACUGGAGGGAGGGGGAGAAUCAGUUCAUUCAUUUUCACAUUUUUGAGGCGAUUAUUUUUCCUAACGCACACGUUGACUUUCUUAACGCAAAUCCUGCCCUGCCGGCAACAUGGUAGUUAGCACCUUCAGCACGGACUCGGAGGAGCGGGCUAUGGGCGCAGCUUGCCAAAGGGGAGGAGGAGGGCAGGAAGACACCUGGGAAGCCAGAGGGCCCUAAAUGAAGACCACCAGGUGUGGAAAUGACUGUGGCAUCGGCCUUGAGGCUGGCUCAUCACGGGGAAGUCCCAGGCAGGGUUGUUAGCAUCCUCAGCUUGCACCAGGUAAGAAAGAACCUCCCCGGGUGUCGCUGCCAGCACCUCCUGACCCACUCACCCGAGCACUGUGCGGGGCCAGGUCAGCCACACGGGUUCCCCAGGACAGAAAGCGGGGCUUGCUGGGGUGAGGACCUCCCCACUGCCGUUUCCAAGGCCAGGACCUCACAUGAGGUUAUCGGUGAGACCCACUGUUAAUGAGAGAACACCGAUGUCUGCGUGGCAGAACCAGACGCCCUAACACGCUUUCCUGUGAGGUGGCCACAUCAGAACAGGCGUAGGUGGUCAUCGAGCUGCAAGGGUCCCGAGGCACAGUGGGCCUAGGAGACACUUGGAGGUCCAGUCCCAGGAAGGGAGGGCAUAGACGCCCUAGCUCCGCGGGCUAGACUCAGGCCCUCCUGCUCCCAGGACAGUCAGUGAAACACUGGGUUCCGCAUGACGCAGAGUUGUCAAGAUCACGUCUGAGCAUUGGGUUUAUUUCCGCACUCCUUCUGUGGACGCAGGGACGACAUCCGGGGUGGCACACUGGGGUCGCCGAAGCCAGAGACACCUCUGUAGGGCUGAGUGUGGAGAAAACCCGUCCCGCCCCCGGCCGCCUGUCCCUUCCACCUCGGUGGGACACCUGCGGCCAGGCGUGACAGGGAGGGACGGAGCGGGGCAAGGGGUGCAGAUGCACUGUCUGAAAUGGUGUGGUGUACCUGCUUUGAUAUCUGUCCUCCCCACAAAUCAUUUCUCCCUACCUGGAAUUCAAAUAAUAAUUAAUAGAAAUGAAUUUAUCUGAAUAUAGGAAGCAUAUACCUACUUGUAAUUUCUAACUUCUUAUGUUUUAAAAAGAAAUCCUGCCGUGUGAGAUACAUAAAUCUAUCUAAUGGUGUCAUAUUAAACUUCUGAUUUCACA